GGAACCCGCAUCGCCAGAAACGGCUCCCGGCACCGGGCGGUCGGGCGGCUGGGAGGCCGGACCGGGCCCGGGUAGCCGGAGCCCGGCGCCCACCCCUCGGCAAGCAGGCCCCGGCCCUGGAGUCUCGGCCGCGAGGGAACUUGGGAGGAAAGUUGGUGCCGGUGGCGGGGCGUUGGGCCUGGGUCCCGGGCGGCAGCCGAGACCCCGCGUCGCCAGGCAACUGUGGCCCCAGUCGGCCCUGCCGCCGCAGCCGGAAGUCGGGUUCGGGGUGAACUUGGAGGCCGGGGCGCCUGCCGGCCUCUGUCGCGGCCGGGGUCAUCAAUACGGUGGGCUCGCCGGCCGGCGGGCGUUUGGACCCCUGGCUUCACUCGCAUAUUUGAGUUUGUCGACCGUAGCAGACUCCGCGGACUGUGGAGAGCUCUUACCUGACGCGUCUGUUAGCUAAACUAGACAUGGCAUCAGAUUUUAAAAGGUUCCUUCCUUCAGCUACAACGCGGUAACCGGGAGAGUAGGACUGACACUUGAUCUCCACCACCUAUUGGAUUUUACCCCACAAAGCUCCCCGGGUGAAGCACCUGUCACUGUCAAUGUAGACCCAGGCAAUGAUUCAGUAGGAGACUGCAGAUCGGGGCAGGGCUCCUGGCUGCCCAGCAUGAACGGGGACGAGGAGUUCUUUGAUGCCGUCACAGGCUUUGAUUCUGAUAACUCUUCUGGGGAAUUUUCAGAGGCCAGUCAGAGAGCCCCCGGAGGGCUGCCUGUGGACACCAGCAAAAGCAACGGCAUUGGGGAAGCUGGGGAAAGGCCCCCCCAGGAGAAUGGGAUUCAGAGGCACAGGACGUCCUUGCCGGCCCCGAUGUUCACCAGGAGUGACUUCAGUGUGUGGGGGAUCCUGAAGAAGUGCAUUGGCCUGGAGCUGUCCAAGAUCACAAUGCCCAUUGCCUUCAACGAGCCCCUGAGCUUCCUGCAGCGGAUCACGGAGUACAUGGAGCACAUCUACCUCGUCCACAGAGCCUCCCGCCAGCCCCAGGCCCUGGAGAGGAUGCAGUGUGUGGCUGCCUUUGCAGUGUCGGCAGUGGCUUCCCAGUGGGAGAGGACCGGCAAGCCGUUCAACCCACUCCUGGGAGAGACAUACGAGCUGAUCAGGGAAGACCUAGGGUUCAGGUUCAUAUCCGAGCAGGUCAGCCACCACCCCCCUGUUAGCGCGUUUUACUCUGAAGGACUCGGUCAGGACUUCCUGUUCCACGGCUCCAUCUACCCGAAGCUCAAGUUCUGGGGGAAGAGCGUGGAAGCGGAGCCCCGGGGCACCAUCACACUGGAGCUUCUCAGACACAAUGAGGCCUACACCUGGACCAACCCUACCUGCUGUGUGCACAACGUGAUUAUCGGGAAGCUCUGGAUAGAGCAGUACGGGACGGUGGAGAUCCUAAACCACAGGACUGGGGAUAAGUGUGUGCUUCACUUCAGACCAUGCGGGCUGUUUGGGAAAGAGCUUCACAAAGUGGAAGGACACAUUCAAGACAAAAACAAAAAGAAGCUGUUCAUCAUCUACGGCAAGUGGACCGAGUGUUUGUGGGGCAUAGACCCUGCGGCGUACGAGUCCUUCAGGAAGCAGGAGCGGAGGGGUGAGACCCCGAGGAAGUCACAGCCGGGCAUCGGCGUGGAGGACGCUGACACUGAAGUGGUGGACGCUGUGCCUGAGGUCCAGGACACUGUGCAGGUCAUUCCAGGCAGCAGGCUCCUCUGGAGGAUCAACACCCGGCCCCCCAACUCUGCCCAGAUGUACAACUUCACCAGUUUCACUGUUAGUCUCAACGAACUGCAGACGGGCAUGGAGAAGAUCCUGGCCCCCACAGACUGCCGCCUGCGUCCCGACAUCCGAAGCAUGGAGAACGGCAACAUGGAUCUGGCGAGCCAGGAGAAGGAGCGGCUGGAGGAGAAGCAGAGGGAAGCCCGGAAGGGGCGUGCCAAGGAGGACACUGAGUGGCAGACAAGGUGGUUCCACCAGGGCAGGAAUCCACACACUGGGACCCCCGACUGGCUGUACUCAGGGGGCUACUUCGAGCGGGAUUUCUCAGGCUGCCCGGACAUCUACUGAGGUCUGGGAGUGCCCCAGGACCCGGACCCCUGCCAGGCUGGACUCCGCCAUGUGGCUCCUUGAGUUCCGGGUACGGCAGCACCAGCCUUUCUAAGGA